AUGGCUACGAAGACAAGAACAUCAAGUUCUGUUGGUCCUGUGCAUGACUACUUCGAGCCCAGCACUGAGUUAUCUGAGAAUAACGAAGUUCACUCUCUGCGCAUCCUUCUUCCAGGCUUUACAAGGGAUCAAAUAAAGAUUACAUUUAUGACCUAUACAAGGAUGUUGAAUGUUUCUGGAAAGAGGCCAAUUGAUAGUGACAAUAAUAGGUGGAUCCAUUUUGAUCAAUCAUAUCCUAUUCCACGGAACUGCGAUGAAGGCAAGCUCAAGGCCAACCUUAGUGAGGGAGUUCUCAUCAUUACAAUGGCAAAGAAGAUUCUUUCCCAACAUUCUCCCAGAACGGAAGCCCAACAAAAAAGCCGAUUUCCCUCAAAGAAACAAGUGCCUAGGCCUAAUGGAAAGACCCAGGAAAAGCCCACAGAUCCUACAGUUAUUGAUUCAAAACCUGAAAAAGUCCAUGAAAAAAUCCAACAAAAGUAUGGACCUACUCAGGUUGAAGACCUAAGGCCUGAGACCCGCAAAACAACCCAAGAGCCUAGGACCAAGGAGGCGCAAGAGGGAAGCCCUCAUAAAUAUACCCCUGUAUUGGAAGGCCCAGCGCCUGAAAAGACCUAUUGGAGUCCUCAAGGAUUUACACAAGGUAAAUCGGAAGAAAAAACAGCUGGAGGAACCCAUGAUGAGGAAAUUCCUUUUAAAUUCAGAAUUCGUAGAGGGAAAGAAGAUUUUAAAAAAAUGGAAGACGACAAAAAAGGAUUAAAAGCUCUUAUGCCUCCAGAUCCUACCAAGGAGUCUAAGCUUAAAGGCCAAGAUGAAACUGAACCCAUCCCCACAAUGAUAAAGUCUCAGAGAAAGCUCAUUGAUAAAACGCCUCCGGUUGGCCCGUUUGAAAUAGAGCAAAGACCCACAUUAAAGUUUGCUCCAAAAAAGCGCGAAGAUGAAAGGUUUGAAAAGGGUGCUGAAGAAAUUGAGAAAGAAAGAGGAACUAAUAAGGAAGAAGAAGGAAAAUUACUAGGAAAGCCCGAGAAAAUAUUAAAAGAAAAGGAAAUAAAGACAAGACAAAAGACUGCAGAAAUAACAAAAAAAGAAAAUGAAACUUUGCCUACAAAAGAAGAUAGAGUUGGCACAAUAGGGAAAGGAAUAAGACAAGUGUCAUCUUCAACUUCAGAGGUUGUGACAAAAAUUUCAGAAGGAAAAUGGAAGGAAGAAGAGAAGCCAAUGCUUAUAAAUAUGGGUGCUGCAAUUUUAGUGAUUGCAGCUAUAGGAGUGUAUGUAUCCUAUAAGGUUACCUCUUCUGGCAGUACCUGA